AUGGAUGUUAUCAAGAAGAAGGACGGGACAACUUCUGUUGUCAAUGCUGGCAAAAUCUCUCAACGAUCAAUGCGAAAACAAAAGUCCAGAUUCUUUCAUCCCAUGAUGCUGGUUCAGUAUGUAAGUCGAUAUUUAAUAGGUUAUGAGGUAAAAUAAGGUUAAAGAAUGGGUAAUUUAAACAGUUUUUGAUAUUUAUUGUAAGGUAAUGUAGGAUAAGGUAGGGUAGAGUAGGUUAGGGUAUUUAUAACAUACUAUAGCAUAAUUUUUUAGUUGACCGAGAACAAAAAGCCAAUUCACGAAGGUAUUCAAGCAGCGUUUGUCGACAUUUGCCGUGAAUCUCCAACGUACUUCGAGUUCUUCAACGACAAAAAUACUACCAGAAAUCGGAAUCAGAAGACUUUACUGAAUGACUACAGUCGUGUUGUGCUGACUGAACCUUCUGGUGGUGAUUAUUAUCAUGCCAGCUAUGUCGACGGUCUCAGUACGCCGAAACAGUACGUUUUGGCACAAGCUCCAUUUUCGAAGGAAACUGAAGCCGAUUUUCAUCGAUUGGUGUCACAACUGAAGCCAGAAGUCAUUGUCAUGCUUAUGAAUGAGGAAUCGAAUGAGGGAAAGUAAGUGGUUUUGUAUGAUAAACUAAAGAUAUUGAUCUUGCUUUUUAUAAUACAAUUUAACGUCUCUAGGUCCGUUUGUCCAGAAGGCAAAGGGGAAAAGACUUGUGGUGGUAUCAAGUUUAAAGUCGAAGAAGAAAACAAGUCCAAGUAUCGUCACGUUAAACUGGCGGUGUCUGGAGGCAAAAGCGGAGUUUCGAAGGCCAAUGUGUUCUACAUGUCAACAUGGACUGAUGACAAGAAACUACCGGGUGAUUUAAUGGAAUUCAAAGAGUUUGUAAGUUAAUAUAGGUCAUCAUCAUGUGUCUUACCCAAUCUUUCUUUACCCUACUUUAUCCUAAUUCACUCUUCUUUACUGUACCCUACUCUGCCUUAUCCUGCUUUACCUUAUCUUACUGUAUCCUAUCUUACACUAACCUACUCUUAUUUACUUUGCCUUGUUCUACUCUUUUAAAAAAUGACAUUUUACAAUCUUAGGUCCAAAAGAAAUGUCCCACCGUACCAGCCAGAGAAGCCGCUUCCCUUGUGAUUUGCAAAAAUGGUGCCAAACGUAGUGGAGUCUGGUACAUUAUGGAAACUGAAACGGAACGUUUGGAAACCAAAAAGAGAAUCCGCUUUAGUGAAUCCAUUCGUCAGCUACGUUACCAAAGAUACGGUGCUUUGGACUGUUUCGAGUUAUACACCGGUCUUAUCGAUAUCAUGCAGAAGGUCGCUAGUAAAUAUGUUUGA